UCCGGCUCUUUGUUCCGGAAGUUGCUUUUUGAGGUAGUGUGCGGCGUAGUGUGGUCUUUGUGAGCUUCCACCAUGGCGUACCGGGGCCAGGGCCAGAAGGUGCAGAAGGUGAUGGUGCAGCCAAUCAAUCUCAUCUUCAGAUACUUGCAAAACAGAUCUCGGAUUCAGGUGUGGCUUUAUGAGCAAGUGAAUAUGCGGAUAGAGGGCUGUAUCAUUGGUUUUGAUGAGUAUAUGAACCUCGUAUUAGAUGAUGCAGAAGAGAUUCAUUCUAAAACAAAGUCAAGAAAACAACUGGGUCGGAUCAUGCUAAAAGGAGAUAACAUUACUCUGCUCCAAAGUGUCUCCAACUAGAUGAUCAAUGAAGUGAGAAAUUGUCGAGAAGGCAAUACAGUUUUUUUAGGUGUGCUUUGUUAGAAGUGUAGUUCUAAAGCAUUUAUUCAUAUUGUUUCACUCACCUUUAUGUUAUUACCAGAUGACAAUAAAUGCUGUGGGAUUGUUUUUAUUAAAAUAUUUACAUUGUUUUCUUUUAUCCAGUUGUAGAGAGUUUUUACACAGUGGCACCAUUAGCUGUUAGUAUUUAUUUUAAGGUUUUCUGAAGAUGGCACUGUCCUGGGCAUUUGCUUUUCACAAAACUGGCAUCUGUAGAUUCUUAAGGCAAAGAGUAGGAAAUCUACUUGACAUGUAAUCUUCUGAUACUGGGUGGUGGAGAAAGGGGAGUGUUCACAAAAGUAAAGAUUAUGGUGCCAAUGUAUGUCUUCAUCAUCAGUUCUAAUUCUGAAUGCUGGGACACAAGGGUUUCUAACCACAAUAGGUUGGGGACAUUAUAGUAGCUCAGUAUUUGCUUAGCACUCUCUUAGAAUUAUUGUGUAAGGCCUUUGUGAAUUCUUUUAUCACUAAGAUCAGAAUGUGAGAAGUAUUUGGAUAUAGGCAAAGAAUGAAAGUUUGUUAAAAAGGAGCUCUGUUAAGAGUUAACUGGAGGGAGACUUUGUGAGAUUGGUAACCUGAAAAAGACCCACAGGCAGCACUGGUAAGUUGUUGUUAGGCAGAACAGUAGUAUGUUAGUUGGGAAAACACCUCUCCCAUUCUUAUCUCCAAGAAUUUUGGUUCCUCCUCCAGUAAUUGCUUAUUUCCUAAUUGAAUUAUGUGGUCAGUUCUCUCUUGGCCCAAUAUCUCAGGGUUGUUCUAGUUAGAAUUCUGUUAAAUGGCUAUAGAGCAUCUGCUAUUAGUUGAAUAUAUACAGUGAAACACACUGACAAACAUAGCUUCAAUACCACAUGCUAAGUGUUAUUUAAGUUGAAUCUUGAAAGAUGAAUAAGACCUACCUUAAAUUCUGGUAAUGGGCAGUAUUAUUAAGGGUAGGUAAGGAAGAAGCAAAGAGUCCAGUUCCUGCUUUUCCAAGUGCCUAUGAGGGAGAUACAGAACUUUUCUUUGAACUGAGUAAAAGAAUCACUUAAUGAGACAGAGGAGAUUUGUCGGUGAGUGUAGAAAUCAGUCCAGCUUAGAACUUGGCAUUCUAGCUGUUCCACUCCGUUUGAACUUGUGCCUUUUUGGUCAUAUUUUGAAAUAAAGGGCUGCUUUAGCUCUUUUAACAUAUUUGAGUUUGAAAUUCAAUUGAACCUGCUACAGCAUGCAAAGAAAACAUUGGGCAGCAGAGGGAGUUGCAGUCCUGAGACUGCUUCAGCCUUUCUGGUGAAAAGCUUUUUGAGAGCAGAGCAAAGACCUCCCUGCAGCUUUCUUGGCACCAAAAUAGCUGGGAAGGAGGAUGAAAACUGGAGCAGUAUAAUCCCUAAGAAAACCUGCUGGCUGCUUUUUCCAUUUCCCUGUAUGGCCUUUCUGACCUGGCUGCCCUAUGUAAGCAAAGCUGUGCCUGCUGUGGCUUAUCCUGAAUGGAUCAAGACAUGGAAAGGUCUAUUUUUGACAGAACAAGUGGUGAUAGUGAGAAAUAAGGUACAGUGAACUCUUAAAAUUGAGCUCUGUAUUUAGAAAUCUCUGCUUGCUUUCCUGCUGUACUGGAGCCUGUGGUGUUUACUUUUUAAGUUGUACUUUUCCACAAUCUGCACAUCUUUUCUUCCAGCCAGAAUUUGUAUUACAGAAGGAGUUGCUGUCUGCUUCAUUAAGGUUAUUAAAACAUGCUGCUGGGAAGCUGCUCUUGUUGGCAGCCCUUGGUAUGUGAGCGGUUAUUUUUCUGGAAUGCCUGUGGGUUUCUGAAGGGGUCUUGCUAACAACCCACGAACUCUCUUGUAACAUUAUUGAAGUGAGGGGUGGGAGGAGAUUCAGGCUGUGAAAAAGUAAGUGCUGAUUCUGGCUUGGUGUUCUGUUAGUAGUAAGUAGGGAGAAAGAAGGAUAAGAAUAGUUUGAAAAUGCUAGAAUUUUGUAUAUACCGGCACCAAAUAUUAUUGUAUCGUGUUUGUCAUUUUCAAGAUUAGAGAGUGGAUCUCUGUCUAAUUUGGAUUAAGGCAUUAUUAUUAGCCAGGAAGUGUCAUGGGCAUUUUCUGGGGAAAACCUAAUAACACCAUCUCAUGUUAACUGGAUGACACAGGAUCUUUUCCCUAAUUAAUUAUUCCUAUUAGAACUGAUCAUAACCACAUACUCGUGGCAUGCUUUUUUGAGGGGAUGCUUGGUAAAACUUAAGGUGGCAUGAGAACUUAAGUCUGUUACUACUUAGAAUUUAAUUUUAAUUUAAAAGUUAUAUGCAGUGGAAUUUUUAAAUAUUAAAAAGCAUUAACUUAAUACACGUUUAUGAUCAAAUGUAAACUAUACAGAAAUAUACAGAGCAGAAAACAAAAGUCCCUCCUUUUCCCAUCAGUGUUCUCCAUAAAUAACCACUGUUAACAGUUAGGUGCUUUCUGAACUCUUUACAGAUAUGUAUAGCUUGGUUUGAUUCUUGUUUUGGUAUUACUUUAAAAUUUCUUUUAGGUAAAAUUUUUUAUUUUGGUAAAAUACACAUAAUAUUUACUAUCUUAACCAUCUUAUUUAUUUAUUUUAUUUUUUUUUGGCCGUGCUUCGUGGCUUGCAGGAUCUCAGUUCCCCAGCCAGGGAACCUCUGCCCCCUGAAAUGGAAGUGUGGAGUCCUAAACAUUGGACCUCCAGGGAAGUCCCUAUCUUCACCAUUUUAAAGUGUGCACCUCAGUAGUGUGUUAAGUAUAUUCACAUUGUUGUGCAACCAAUCUUUAGAAUUUUUUUUAUCUUGCAAAAAACAAACUGUACCUAUUAAACAACAACUUAACCAUCCCUCUCCUCAGCCCCUGGAUUUAAUUUUUUGUUUGAGUUUGAUUAGGUACCUCACAUAGGUGGAAUCAUACAAUAUUUGUCUUUUUGUGACUGACUUAUUUCACUUAGCAUAAUGUCUUCAAGUUUCAUCCAUGUUGUAGAAUGUGUCAGAAUUUCCUUCCUUUCUAAGGCCGAAUAACAUUGCAUGUAUAUAUACCACAUUUUGUUUAUACAUUUAACUGUUGAUAGACAUUUGGGUUGCUUCCACUUUUUGACUUUUGUAAAUAAUGCUGCUUUGAAUCUUUGAGACCCUGCUUUCAGUUCUUUAGAGUAUAUUCUCUGAAGGUUUUUGAGUAACCAUCAUACUGUUUUCCACAGCGGCUUCACCAUUUUACUUUCUCAUCAACAGUGCACAAAGGUUGCAGUUUCUUCGCAUCCUUGGCAAAACAACCUUUU